ACUGCUCAAGCUACUUAAAACAAGGGGCACCAGUUCACCCACAAAAAAACGGAAGACUGGCCACAGGUACUUGGUCCUUCUUCCUCAAAUUGCGUGGCAAUCUUCCCCUCCAUUCCUUGCCCCUUCUCCUAACAAGCACCAUGGGCUCAGCCUCUGAAGAACUCCACAUCCUCUUCUUCCCUCUCUUGGCCCCCGGCCACAUGAUCCCUAUGGUCGACAUGGCCAAACUCUUCGCCGCCCGUGGCGUCAAGGCCACGAUCCUCACCACCCCGGCCAAUGCCGCAGCCGUCCAGUCCACCAUCAAAUGCACCGACGACUCCCUCCGCCACCGCAUCACCGUCGCCCUCCUCCACUUCCCCUCCUCCGCCGCCGUUGAUGGCGAAAACAUGUCCUGCCUCCCGACACAGGCCGCCCGGCAGAACUUCCUCGGCUCCCUCGCGAGCCUACGCCAACCGUUCGACCAGGUUCUCAGAGAGCACCGCCCUGACUGCGUCGUCGCUGAUAUGUUCUACCCGUGGACUCUCAGCCUCGCAAAAGAGCUCGGUAUACCGCUGCUCUUCUUCCAUGGCAUGAGCUUCCUUACCCUCUGCAUCGACCAUGGCAUGCACCGCCCAAACUCCCCUCUGGAGAGCCUGCCCGACGAUCCCGAGACCGUCAUCGUCCUCGGCCUCCCGCACCGCAUCGAGUUGAAGCGGUCGCAGAUCCCAGACUUAGCGAAAGUCAGCUCCUUCUUGAGUGAUCUCUUCCGUCAGCUGGGCGAGGCUGAGAUGGGCUGCUCCGGCGUGCUAGUCAACAGUUUUUACGAACUCGAGCGGGACUUCGCAGACCAUUAUAAGAAGGUCACCGGAAGGAAGGCGUGGCACGUCGGCCCGGUGUCGCUCUGCAACAAAGACUUCGACGAGAAGUCCAGCAGGGGGGACACGGCUUGCAUCGAUUGUGCCCACUGUUUGAGCUGGCUCGACGGCAAGCCCCCCAGCUCGGUAUUGUACAUUUGUUUCGGAAGUUUGUUCCAGUUUAGUCCAGCCCAGCUUCGCGAAAUGGCACUGGCUUUCGAGGCCUCCGACACGCCGUUCAUCUGGGUGGUGAGGAACAAAAGCUCGGAGUGGCUGCCGGAAGGGUACGAAGAAAGGGUGGUGGGAGGAGGGAAGGGGAUGAUUCUAAGAGGAUGGGCGCCGCAGAUACUUAUAUUGAACCAUCCGGCGGUGGGAGGAUUUUUGACGCACUGCGGUUGGAAUUCUUGCCUGGAGGCGGUGAGCUCCGGUCUGCCGAUGGUCACUUGGCCGCUGUUCGCCGACCAGUUCUACAACGAGACGCUAAUCGUGGACAUGCUGAAGGUGGGGAUUGUCGUCGGAGCCACGGAGUAUGUGGUGGAAGAGGGGGAGAUUAGGGUGGUGAAGUGGGACGUGAUAAGGAGGGUGGUGUCGAGGGUGAUGGGUGGGGGGAAGGAGGCAGAGGGGAUGAGAAAGAGGGCAAGGGAGCUCGGAGAGAGGGCGAGGAGGGCGUUGGAGGUGGGUGGAUCUUCUUAUGUCGCCAUGGGAGAACUCAUCAAGGAACUGAAUGAAGCCAAAGCAGCAAGAGAGAAGAACCGAUCUCGCUGAGCAACAAGAAAUCCUGGUAAUCUCGGCUUCUAUGUUGCUUUGGGGUCGCAUUUUGCCUCCUCUUCCAUCACAGAAAAAUAAAAUUGUAGCUUGAUUGGAGUUGUUUUUAGUUUAAUGCUGGCACAUUCCUUUUAAUGAUUCUCGAAGCAUUGUUGUUUACGGCUUUCUGCAUAAUGUGAUUUAUGAGGAGGAGGAGGUUGUGGGGCUGUCAGAAGGGAGAAAUUAUUGCUUGGCGUGAUCCAAAAUGAAUCAUAAAUAAUUUGGUA